UUUGCACUGCGCACUUCGCGGUCAGGCGCGCUCUGGAUACCUAAACACACAGAGUGUGACGUCAGGGACCUCCGCCUCCUCCCACACACACAGCAGCGUAAUGGCGGACUACGAUAGCUACGAUGAUCGGGCCUACAGCAGCUUCGGCAGCAACAGAGGGCGUGGCGGCAGUGGCGGCCCCGCAGGCGGUAGAAGGAUGAAGGAGCUUCCGACAGAGCCGCCGUACACCGCCUACGUGGGAAACCUGCCCCUCCACACAGUGCAGGGUGACAUCGACAACAUCUUCAAGGACCUCAGUAUUCGCAGCGUGCGCCUCGUGCGUGACAAAGACACGGACAAGUUCAAAGGUUUUUGCUAUGUGGAGUUUGAUGAUCUGGAAUCUCUUAAAGAGGCGUUAACAUACGACGGCGCUGAGUUAGAGGACACAUUUCUGCGGGUGGACAUCGCAGAGGGACGGAGACAACCGCGAGGAGGAGCCGGCUUUGGCUUCCCUAAAGACGAGGGCCGAGGCCGUGGAGGGUACCGAGGCGGCCCCCGAGGAGGACGUGACGGUCGCGAGGACUUCUUCGAUCAAUCGGGUGGAGCCUUCCGAGAGGAUGACUUCAUGGGAGGGCGGAGUCGUGGCAGCAGCCGUCCCGGUGAGAGAAGGGGGGCGGCGGGGCCAGGCGCGGGCGGCAGCUCCAUGAGUCGCUUCAGAGAUGGCCCGCCCCGCGGAGCAAUGUCAGAUUUUAGGGAACCGUCUGAAGAGGAGCGGGCGCAGCGGCCUCGCCUGCAGCUGAAGCCUCGGACCGUCUCCGAGCCACUCAACCAGGUCGCCAACCCCAACUCCGCCAUCUUUGGCGGCGCCAAGCCACGAGAGGAGCAGUGACUCGUUUACGGCAGGCGAGCAGACGGCGGAAGGGCAGAAAGCGUUCGUUUCAGUGUGGACCACGAGGACGAAAGACGAGUCCAAAUUGUUAUUGUGACCUUUUAGAGGAAACAAACGAUCACCUUUUUUUUUUGUUUUUGUUUUUUUUUAUUACUUUUUCCGCCUUGGACCCUGACAGUCGGGACGUGGUCCUGGUCCAGACCUGGCUCUGUAUCUAUCUGGUCUUUUGGACCUGGCCUGUCUGUCAUCGUUCUGAUUCUUGUGUCAUGUGUUGCAGAAACUUUCUUACUGUGUACAAAAGAAAUAAAACAACUGUUUUAAAUAUUUUCUUUUAUUCUUUGUGACAAUUAUGGCAAUAAAAUGGAAUCAUCGCACAUCAAA